AUGGUCGACUUGGUGGAGGUCGUCUCAGAGGUGAUCAAGAAAGGUCCCAGAUUGACCGACGUGGAUGACGCCAUUGCCAAGGGUGGCAAUGUAAAUGCAUCGCGGGACUCCGUGCCGCUUCUCUCCCAAGCAGUCCAGGCUCAACAUGCCGACCUGGUGAAACUUUUGCUCAAGAAGCGGGCUUCACCAGAACUUAGCGAUAACAAGGGGGUCACGCCCUUGCACCUGGCUACGUUCGACGGUUCCCAAGAUAUCAUGAAGUGCCUCACCAGCUGCAGGGCGAACUUGGAGGCCAGAGACUGUCAUGGUCAAACGCCUUUCUUCUUUGUCCCAAACAGGCGAUCAUGCGCGACACUUGCGAGCGCCAAAGCGGAUCCGAACGUCCUGAAUCAUAAAGGGCAGACGCCGUUGCAUUUAGCCGCCCACGCGGGGCUAACUGAAGCUGUGCAAUGGCUGGCGGAGAACGUGACCACGAACAUCCUGGAUGCGCAGGACAAACAUGGUCGAACUGCAGUUUACUGCGCAGCUCAUUCCAACCUCAAACCCACGGUUCUGUUGUUGCAGGAGAAAGGGGCGGACCUUUCCCUGCGGCCCACGAAGCGGAGUUGGCAGCCUAGCAUCCCAGUGUGCAGAGUAGUUUGCCCAGGCAACCAGGGUACCUGGAGCUGA